GUAAUUUUCCGCUAGCCACUUGCGACCACACCGAAGGUGAAAAGGCGAAAUAAUUAAUUUUAACAAAUUGCCGCAGCGCGAACAAAAGGAUCAAACAAAAAAAAAAAACGAGCAGACGCAGACGUGAAAGUGACGACGCAGCAAAACGAAGCAACAAAAAGAAAAUCGGCGACGUAUACGUUCAACUUCGACAGAAUUAAGUUUUCGAGUCCAACGCCGCCGCCACCGCAAUGUCAUGCCGCGCCCCCUUCCAGCCCGACGACCAGUAUGAGCAGCUACGUCGGCCAAAUGUCGGCGGAGCAGGAUCCGGCGGAGUGGCCAUGCCGGGAUUGGAGCAGCAGGCGGCGCAUCUAUUUGGCGAGUAUGGCCAGGCCUACGGGCAGGCGCAGGUAGCCGGUGUUGGCGUUGGCUACCAGCAGCAAAUGCCGGUGCAGGCCAUCCAACCCGACUUGUCCAAGCUGUCGGCCACGGCCUCCGUUUUUGUACCGCGUGGCGUUGCUCCUCCACAGCAACAGCAGCAGUCGCGUCAUCAGCAGUACCAGCAGGCUGGUGGAGCAGCAGGUGGCUCCGGCGGAUCGGCUCCCUAUGGCCAACAGCAGCGCUAUGGGAACGGCUACAAACACCACCAUCAGCAGCAGCAUCAUCACCAGCAGUCGCACUACAACCAUCAUCACAACCAUCAGCAAAAGUUCAACAGCGAUUUGCAGAAGCUAACGAAUUCCGUGCAGAAUCGACUGCACCUGAACAGCCAGCAGGGCUCGGCUGGCAACUACUAUCAGCAGCAGCAGCAGCAGGUACACCCACAAAACACACACCACCACCAACAACAACAACACCACAACCAGCAGCAGCAUCAGCCACACAACAAUCAACACGCCAAGUUUCAACGGCAUACCCACUUGAAUAACUCAUUCCAACAAAUCGCACAGCAGACACAGCACCACCAGCAGCAGCCGCAGCACCACCAGCAGCACCAGAGCCACCAGCAGCAGCAGCAGUAUUUCCAGAACCAGAACCAACAGCAGCAGCAACCGCAGCCAUCCACCUCGUCCGCGGCGGCCUCCUCUUCGUCCUCGAACUCUUCGCAGCCGGACAUGGCCACCAUUGCAUUGGAGUAUCUCGAUACAGUCAUACAUUGCCUUAACCAGAAUCCGGGCCAAUUUGAUACCAUUGCAUCACGCUUCCUGACCAUUUUCGACGGCAUGGAGAACAACCACUACGUGCUCUCCAUCGCCAUGGAGGACAUCUUCGAGAAGUCGAUUGAGCAGCCGAACUUCCGGUACAUGGGCGCCAAGCUGUACAACCUGCUGCACAUGCUCAAUCCGAAGCCGGACUCGCUGUUCCACACGCUGCUCAAGUGCAAGCUGGACUACCACCAGGAGGAGGUGACCAAGUACAUGCGCUCCAACGAGCAGCAGAAGGUGCGCGAGACGGCCCUCUUCCUGGCCGAACUCUACAUGCAGUUGCGCGGCGACGACGACUCGCGCAUCCAGUUGAUUGCGGUGAACAUUGUCUAUUCGCUCAGCAAGCUUCUACUGAGCGAGAGCAACGAGAAUGUGCGCUGCCUGUGCCAGACCCUCAAGCUGGCCGGGUACGAUCUGAGUGCGGAUUGCCACAAGGACAUGCAGGAGAUCAUCACGGCCCUGCAGGCGAUCGAGCAGAAGUCGCCGGGCAAGUACGCCAUGGCGGCCAGUGUGAUUGCGCUGCAGCAGAACAACUGGGGCCGCAAGGUGUCCAAUGCACUCGGCGGCGACGAGGACACAGUGGCGGAGCCGCUACGCCUCAGCGAUGAGCCAGUUUUCUACGGACCCGAUGGACGCGAGCUGACCGCCGAGGAGACCGACUUCCUUGCCACCGAGGAUGGCGAGGGCAGCGAUGGCGAUGACUUCGAUGGCGACGUGGGCGACUUGGAGAUGGAUGCCGAGAUGGACGAGGAGACUGAACGAGCCUACAAGGAGUUCUGCAAGCAGGGCAAGCAGAAGAAGACCUAGACGACUGUGGACGACUGUGUGGCGUUGGGCGGAUUCGCGGGGGCGUGGCCGGUGGCAGGAUGUAGCUUAGGAAGAUGUGGAUGUAGGAGGAGAGAAGAACGGUAGAGAGUGGAGCAUUUCCAACAAAUUCUCGGUUGUAGAAUCGAUGAUUGCAGUUGCACGGUUCAGAACCGAUUGUGAUUAUCUUUUAAAUUAUUGAUAGCAAAUUGUUUGUGAUAUCUUCGUGUUUCAUGCACCUAACAUAUUAUGACAUGUGUUUAUGACUUUGUUCGAGCGCUUUUUUCGUGUGAUACGCCCGUUUUGUAUCUGUAUCUCUUAUAUCUCUAAUAACUCUCUGCCAGGAUUACCAACCAGAUAAUCAACCAGCCAGUUCACUCAUCAGUUUGUAUUUUUUUAGCUCUCACUUUUGAAUUAUCGCAAAGCAAAGCAAAACAAUACAAAGCCAGGAUUUUUAGCCGUAAACGGCAAAGAUAUAUGAUUAUAUAGCCACUGCCUCGCCAAUCCGAUUCGAUUAAAUCCGCCAACACACACACACGCAGCUGCACUCAAAGACUCGUACUCAUAUGCGCACCCACACACUUGCAUGGCACAUAUGCAGACUCAUAAAACGGCAGAAGAAAAAAACAAAAACAAAACCGCAAAUUUCACAUUCAAUUAAACAACAUUCUCUUGAUCAUACAAAUCGAAAACGAAAAAAAAAAAAACAACAGCAGCCACGCCUAAUUUUUAAAUAAUUGUAAUUAAUGUUAACGAAACCAUGAUUUAAUUAUAAAUAAAAUUUAUCGAAUUGCGUUUAAAACAA